GCCGCCCGUUAGUUCCUUAUCAUACACAGACCUAUGGCAGACUCAGCGGCUAGCAUGAAUCGUAUUAUGUUCUGUACAGUUGCCUGUUUAGUUUUACUUGUGACCCUCCAGGCAAGAGGUGACAACCUUUCAAAACCAACCUUAUUGACAUAUCCUGGUGAUGUUAUUAUGGUGGGUGAAACAGUUAUCUUCUUGUGCCAAACUGCACACAUUGGAGCCAGCAGGUUCCUACUAGAAUGCCAACGGCAAAGUCUGCCAGUGGAACAAAGUGAAUCAAAGUUCACCAUCGUCGGUGUCACAUUGAACAAUACCUGCAAAUAUUAUACCUGCCAAUAUUGUGUCCAGUCAUCAUGCUCCGAGUCAAGUGAUCCUCUUAAUUUGUAUGUUCGAGAAAACUUCCCACCACCAAAGAUCUUUGCCUCCCCUCACAAGAUUGUGCAACCCGGAGACCCAAUUACAAUAGAAUGCUCUUCUCCCUAUGAAAAUGUUUACUUUUCCCUUUACAAAGACAAUCAUUUAGUUGUUGAAGAUGUUAACAAUGGCAGUACAUUUCGUUAUAAAAUCAAACAGACAUAUGAUGAAGAUGCUGGGCAAUAUAUCUGCAAAUUUAAGAAAACCAUGGCAAAUAACCUACUUCUACGGUCUGAGCCAAGUGAUCCCCUUCACAUUAAAGUUAAAGAUCUGCCCAAACCAACCAUUUCUGGGGAAACCAAUUAUUUUGACAGCGAGGGUUUACAAAUCCACUGCACCGCGCCCCCUCUGAACAAACGAAUGUGGUUUCGCCUGAUAAGUGAAAACGGCACAGAACAGGAAAUAAAUGAUGUAGAAUCCAAAAAUGUAACAUUCUUCAUCAAGGAUCCCAGACACAUGGAAAAUAAAUAUUACUGUGAUUAUCGUAUUCGCAUUGGUAAUGACUUUGCCUACUCUAAAGUGAGUAAUGCGGCAAUCACAGGAUCAGAGCCUACUGACCAUACCACAGCAAACAUCCUCCGGCUUCUUCUGGCAGCCCUUAUCCUCGUUGCAACUGCCGCCAUUACAUUCAACCAUUUCAACACGCUGCACAGAUCCAUUCCGCUUGAUCAGCCGUCGGAUAAUGUUACCUUCACAAUGGAGUCAGUAGUCACGGCAACGGGACAAAAACCUGGGAAUGUAUAUAUUGACUGAACAUUGAUAUAUUGAUGAAUAUACAUUGAAAUAUUAACUUGUUUUAUUUAGA